AUGGCGCCCUUCCAGGCGUCUUCGCCCUCUUCCCACCGACCGCGCAAGAAGCGCCGAGGACUCACCGGCAGCGCGUCAUGCUCCAAUGUCGACUUGAUAACAGACGCCACCAAAAGCCAACCUGCUCCAGCGUUUCCUCUAGUGGCAUUCCUCUGGCCAGCUCGUACGGGUGUCUCCCAAUGGCUAGUUCUUCCGACGAUCCUAAUGGUUGUUGGACUGUUUCGCUGGGCGGUCGGAUUGUGGGGAUAUUCAGGACAAGGACUACCUCCGAUGUACGGUGACUUCGAAGCGCAGCGACAUUGGAUGGAACUUACUAUUCAUCUUCCUAUCUCCUCCUGGUACUUUUACGAUUUGGACUGGUGGGGGCUCGACUAUCCUCCGCUCACUGCAUAUCAUAGCUGGCUUCUGGUCAAUAGGGGGUCAUUUAUUGAGCCGUCCUGGUUUGCGCUUGAUAAAUCCCGUGGGGUUGAAGACCCGCUCCUAAAGGUGUACAUGCGAGCUACCGUGGUCGUUUCUGAGUAUCUUGUCUAUAUCCCUGCUGUCGUCAUUUUCCUGCGACGGUAUGCCCGUGACCAGAGAGUCAAUAUCUGGGUGGCUUCGGUUGCUCUUGUCGCCAUCCUUAUGCAGCCCGCCACCCUCCUCAUCGACCAUGGCCACUUCCAAUAUAACACGGUGAUGCUUGGGCUAGUUGUCGCUGCAUCAGAAAGUAUAUUGGCCAAGAGAAGGCUGUGGGCUUGCGUAUUUUUCGUUGCUGCUCUGGGUUUCAAACAAAUGGCAUUAUACUACGCGCCUGUAAUAUUUGCGUACAUGCUUGGCACUUCCCUCUUCCCCCGGAUCAGACUCGGAAGGCUACUCAGCAUCAGUCUGAUUACUGCGAUCGCUUUCACUCUUCUAUUUGCUCCUUUGGUGGGUGGAGCAAUCUACGAUGUAUAUCGUGGUGUUCCCGUGCCUACUUCUGAGCCGUUGCUGUUUAAGAAUUUCCCUAUAUCGUUGAGCGCGUCCUCAUGGCUCUUUGCACCCGUUCUCCAGCUUUGCCAAACCAUUCACCGCAUAUUUCCCUUUUCCCGCGGUCUUUUUGAAGACAAAGUUGCAAAUAUCUGGUGUGCUAUCCACACUUUUUACAAGCUCACUCGAUUUUCUUCUACUACUCUUCAAAGAUUGUCGCUUGGUGCAACAGUCUUCAGUGUCGUUGUCCCUUGCAGUGUGAUCGGCUUGUACCCAAGACCGGGCCUCCUGUUGCUUGCUCUGUCGAAUACCGCAUGGGGUUUCUUUCUUUGCUCGUUCCAGGUACAUGAAAAAAGUGUUCUUCUACCCCUUUUACCGAUGACUCUACUUCUAUGUGGGGAUGGGGGUCUAAGUCGGGAAAUCCGUGCCUGGGUUGGCUUCGCUAAUGUUCUUGGGACAUGGACAUUGUUCCCAUUGCUCAAGCGGGAAGAUCUACGUGUUCCGUAUUUCGUUGUCACUCUGCUUUGGGCGUAUCUUCUCGGGCUUCCCCCUACUACUCUGAAGCUUUAUCGAAAUCAGGAAGACUCUUCUUCUCGCCCCCAUGGCUCUCACGAUCUGCACGUCCUUACAAAAAUUAUACAUCUGGGAUGUUAUGCAUCAAUGGUGUUAUGGCAUUUUGUCGAGGCCUUUGUUCCUACCCCUUCGACCAAACCCGAUCUAUGGGUCGUUCUAAAUGUUUUAAUCGGGACCGCUGGUUUCGGCAUAAUAUACCUCUGGUGCACUGUGAAAUUACUCAGUAAAACGGGGAUUUUAUUCUGGCAAACGGAGUCGCACAUACCUGAAGUGUCUGGGGGGAAAAAAGAACAAUAA